CAUCUGAUUCUUUUUGUUAGCUUUUUUAUCUUCUUCAUCACUUGAUUUAGUGUUCUCUUCAUCACUUAAAUAAGCCAAAUCUUCUAAAAAAUAGUCUAUUAUGGCAUUUUCACGAGCCAUGUUUAAAAAUAUUCAAAACCGCGUAGUUGUCAGCUUUUUCUGCACAUACAGUCGUGCCAUUCUCAAAUUAUCGUAUUUUUUCACACAAAUAAUACAAAUUGUAUACAUAUAGUGUUGCCGCUGUCAAAUUUCAUGCGAUUUUCCAGUGAAAAUAGCUAACUUUAAAAACCAACUUACCGAAAGUGACCUCGCGAGGUCACUUUCAAAAAUCAAACUUUCGUGAAAGUUAGGGACCAACUUUUGAGUUUUGAAAGUGAAGUAGGCUACUUAUUUUUGACGAAUUUGUUUGAGAAUACCACUUUGAAAAAAAGGCCGAAAGAAAAGUAAAAAACGGCUACUUUGGCCCGUUUGAAAGUAAAGUAAGUUACUUUGAGAGAGUCAGAAUUCGACCCCAGGACGAGCACUGUCCGCUAAAUGAAGUUUCAACUUUCAAUCAAACGGGUUAGUUUUCGAAUAUUUUUUAUGGCUUUGGCUUCCGAACAUUUCGUCCUAUUUGGGUAAGAUGGUGGCUACUAGUUUUAGUGUUUAUCCAACCUGGGUUUUUUUCGUUUGGCUCUACAAUAACAAUCUGUUAAACGUCAUACUUUUUGCGAUACAUUAACAUCGUGUUUUAUUUUUAUUUCUUUCUGUUAUAUUUGAGACUAAUAAUUUUAUUCAUUUGAUAUUUUUUAAUGGUUAGAUUUACAUUUUCUUUCUAAAAGUACAUAGCCUGUUGGGAAUGGAAGGUUAUUCAGGUACGACUGGUGCGAGCUACGGGUUCAGGAUCAAUAAACGUGCGACGAACAUGUGCUCGAGUGAAACUUAGGCUCCCUCUCUGAACGCUGCACGAUAACUUCGUAAAAUGUCACGCGGUUCGUUGGUGAGAAACUUGUAGCAACAUAUGGAGCGCAUCUGUUUUACUGUCGAGGGGCUAGCUCAAUGCAUAGAGUUUGACUCACUAGUUCUCAUUCUACAUCUUAUCAAUGCUGUCAAUCAGAAAUUCACUUUCAAAAUGUCUCCCAACAUUAUUAUUGCACACCGCAGUCACGAAAUGCUACUGUCGGUUGUUGCAUUUUCAUGGAUCCCGGAUGCUUCUACGUAAGCGUAGAUGAUUGAACUGGCGAAACAGGUGCACAUGCUUUAUUUUGAACUUGCAUUGCGAUACCCAAUAGAAUUUCAGCACAUGUUCACGAUCUGCGUCAUUCCUACCUCCAUAUUUUUCUUCCGGUAUUCGUCAUAUUAACCUCGUUUCAAUCUUAUCGAAGCAUGAUUUUGCACCGGCUGUUUUCAAGCGACGACAUGCUGUCGAGUGCACCUCAAAUUCAAGUUACGUUCGAACCAAUGUGAUCAUUCGAUCAUCGCCCUCUCUGCCUUCUCGUGCAUUUAAGAUACCGGUGACACUUUGCAAGUACGCCAAACUUCUUUCACGAUGACUCUCGCCAUUUGGGCGCUCGGCUUACUUUGCCUGGCCGGUUUCGUGCAUCCGCGCACACUUCGUCGAGGCAACGGCACUUCGAUUCCAUCCAUAUCAAUCGUCGGUGGAACUCCUGUUAGCGCCGGUGAACUUUCUCACUUGGCCAGUUUGGCUUUGGAAACAUUUUCAUGCGGUGGGACUUUGAUUGGACCAUUUCAUGUCUUGACAGCGGCUCAUUGCUUGAAUAGCUUUACGUCUUCCGACCGACGACUUUCCGAUUUCACCGUGUAUCUAAACACUUUGUCAAUUAACGGCGGAGAGGCGGACUCAGUUACUAGAAAAGUGUCGACUUUUGUUUUGCAUGAAAAUUUCGACGACAAAACUAACAAUAACGACAUCGCUUUGUUGGUUUUGGAUGAAGCCGUUACAACUAUCGAUUACGUUACCCUUCCUAAAGACGAUGCACCCGUAGAACCAACGGCUGAACCGACUGAAGAACCAACGGCUGAACCGACUGAAGAACCAACGGCUGAACCGACUGAAGAACCAACGGCUGAACCGACUGAAGAACCAACGGCUGAACCGACUGAAGAACCAACGGCUGAACCGACUGAAGAACCAACGGCUGAACCGACUGAAGAACCAACGGCUGAACCGACUGAAGAACCAACGGCUGAACCCACAACUACUGAAAAAUCCACUACUACCAAAAAACCAACUAAGAAACCCACACCUACCAAGAAACCCACACCCACCAAGAAACCCACACCCACCAAAAAACCAAAUACCAAAAAACCUACCAGGAAGCCAACAACGAUAAAAUCGGGAACUACAAUAAAAUCGGGAACUACAAUAAAACCAACCGUGAAACCAACAGUAAAACCUAAAACCACCAAGAAACCAGCAAUGAGAGCCUUCCCUGAUUACGCCAACAGAGCGGCCGUUAUUGCCGGAUGGGGAACAACCUUCUCAGGUGGAAGUUUUUCAAACGAAUUGCUGAAGGCUGACGUCACUGUUCUAGAGAACACAGUUUGCGCCAGUCAGUACUCAAGUUUCAAUGGCGAACUGUUGUGUGCCGCCGGACCGGAUACAGACACUUGCCAGGGUGACAGUGGCGGUCCGAUUUACGUUGACGGCGUUCAAGUCGGUAUUACAUCCUUUGGCAAAGGUUGUGCUGAUCCCGAUUUUGCCGGUGUUUAUACACGAGUUAGCACUUAUGUUGGCUGGAUUACUAAGACUCAGUCCAACAAUCCCGGCUAAAAAUUCUAUGGCUUAUACCAGCAAAAUGCUGCUGUUGUCUAGCUUUGUUCAUUGUAGCUGGAAUUGAUUAGAAAGCCAAAGUGUUUUUAUUUUAACGGGCCUCCAGCGUGAUUUUAAUAGUGCUGAUAUGUAUGUCGUAAUCAUAAGUUUCCUUAAUCUCGCGUUAUGGUAGAGGUAUGAUAUUAACAUGAUAAAUUUCGUGUUAUGCAAGCAA